GUAGAAAUGGCUUUCGCUAGUUUCAGUCCGAUCUGCAGUAACAGCAGCAGGGUGACCUGCAGAAGCAACCAUCACUAUGAAACAGAUCAGGCAAACUUGUCCCCAACCGGCCACUUGGUGGUCGCUGCGGCCCUUGGAAUCAUUGGAAGUUUGGGCUUCUUCAAUAAUUUGCUGGUCCUUGUCCUCUUCUGCCAGUACAAGGUCCUGCGUUCACCCAUUAAUAUGCUCUUGAUGAACAUCUCCCUGAGUGACUUGAUGGUCUGCAUCCUGGGCACUCCAUUCAGCUUUGCAGCAAGUAUACAAGGACGCUGGCUCAUUGGUGAGGCUGGCUGCAUUUGGUAUGGAUUUGUCAAUACACUUUUUGGGAUAGUAUCUUUGAUAUCUCUGGCUGUGUUGUCAUAUGAGCGUUACUACACCAUGCUUGGAAGCACAGAAGCAGAUGUAACAAACUACAGGAAGGCUUGGAUGGGAAUUCUGGUUUCUUGGUCCUACUCACUGUUCUGGACUUUGCCUCCGCUUUUUGGGUGGAGCAGCUAUGUUCCAGAAGGGCCAGGAACAACUUGUUCAGUGAACUGGCACUCACGUGAUGCCAUGAACACAUCUUACAUUGUGUGCCUUUUUAUUUUCUGCCUCGUCCUGCCUUUCUUCUUGAUUGUGUACUGCUAUGGAAGACUCUUGGUGGCCAUCAAACAGAUCAGCGGUGUCACCAAAGGAACAGCUCGUACCAGAGAACAGAGGGUCCUUAUUAUGGUCAUCGUAAUGGUUGUCUGCUUUCUUAUCUGCUGGCUUCCCUAUGGAAUAAUGGCUUUGAUUGCUACGUUCGGGACACCUGGACUCAUACCCCCUUCUGCGAGUAUCAUCCCUUCAAUUCUUGCAAAGAGCAGUACUGUGUACAACCCCAUUAUCUAUAUCUUUCUCAAUAAGCAGUUUUACAGAUGCUUUAUUGCCCUUCUUAAUUGCAGUAGUGAACCCCAAAGCUCCAAUAAUAGAAUUUCCUCAAGAUCUAUUAAGAUUUGCUUGGCUACACGUAAACCACCAGAUAACACCACAUUCAACGCUGCUUUCACCAAGCAUCCUACAACCGAAGAGGAGAAAAAUUUAAGUCACUAUACAGAAGCAAAGCCAGACUCCCAAUGCCAAAAAGAGGCCUUGAACCAGAUGUGUACAUUUCAACCUAGACCAGAUGUCACUCUGGUAGUUCAGUACACGGAAUGA